GCAAACCCCACAGAAAUGAGGUGCCCCUACUGCUCCACCGGCCAAGCACGGUGCGCGACGACAACCAACUCCCGUCGUUCGAUAACGGAGUGCACGUCGUGCGGCCGUGUGGUGGAAGAGCGCCAAUCUCAAUUCCACCACCUCUUCCACCUCCGUGCCCAAGACAACCCUCUCUGCCUCGUCACCUCCGACCUCCCCACCCUCCCCCACACCCAGCAACCCAACGACGCCGACGACGAAGACCCCUUCUUGCCCACCGGCUUCAUCACCGCCUUCUCCACCUGGGCCCUGGAGCCCAACCCUCUCUUCCUCCGCUCCUCCCUCUCCUUCUCCGGCCACCUCGCCGAGCUGGAACGCACCCUCGAAUCCACCUCCUCCUCCUCCACAUCCUCGUCGUCGUCCACCGUGGUGGUCGAUAAUCUGAGGGCCUACAUGCAAAUCAUCGAUGUCGCUUCGAUUCUGGGGUUGGAAAACGACAUCUCGGACCACGCGUUUCAGCUCUUCAGGGACUGCUGCUCCACCACUUGCUUGCGGAAUCGCAGCGUUGAAGCUCUCGCGACUGCUGCUCUGGUCCAGGCUAUCAGAGAGGCCCAAGAGCCCAGAACCCUCCAGGAAAUCUCCAUUGCAGCAAAUGUGCCCCAGAAAGAAAUUGGCAAGUACAUUAAGAUACUUGGAGAAGCACUGCAGCUUAGUCAGCCCAUCAACAGCAAUUCGAUAUCGGUGCAUAUGCCGCGGUUUUGCACUCUCCUCCAGCUCAAUAAAUCUGCUCAGAAACUAGCAACUCACAUUGGAGAGGUUGUCAUCAACAAGUGCUUCUGCACGCGUAGGAACCCCAUUAGCAUCUCCGCGGCUGCAAUAUAUUUAGCCUGCCAGCUUGAAGACAAGAGAAAAACUCAGGCAGAGAUUUGUAAGGUGACUGGUCUUACUGAAGUUACUCUCCGAAAAGUCUACAAGGAGCUUUUGGAGAACUGGGACGACUUGCUCCCAUCUAAUUACACUCCUGCAGUUCCUCCAGAAAGAGCAUUCCCUACCACUGUAAUCGCUUCAGGCCGUUCUUCAUCAUCUAAAGUUGAUUUUGUUGAUAUACCACUUUAUUUGGAGAGAGAAAAGCUGCUUGAAAGAAAACCAAACAAGCCAAACGAGGCAUUAGACAUGAACAUUCCACCACCCGUAUGUAAAGAAGAGUAUGAGCGUAAAGGUAGUUCUCAAGGUCCGAUGAAUCAAUCAACUACUUUCUGGCAAUCCCAGGUUCCAUAUGGGACUUCUGAUCUAAAGACGGCAGGACAAAAGUAUGAGAAUGGUGUGGAAGGAAUGGACACGGACGAGCCCCAACCUAACCAACAGCCUAAUCCAACUCAUACUAUAAACCCCCCAAGUUCAGGUGCAUGUCCAGUUACUAGGCAGUUUCGGUGCCCAUCUACAUCAAGUUCUCCAACUGUGAUGUAUGUGCUGCCGCCGAAGCUGGCACCUGGUUAUACCGAGCUUAGAAGCAGCGGUGGACAAAAUGGAAGUGAAAGUGGCAGACGCAGUGGGGAGGCCUAGUGGCGUGAUUGCUGUAUAUAGCCUUGAACGUUACGGAUGUAACUUCCUUCUAAUGAUCGUCGUAAUCCUUCUGUAUUUGAGUGAGAAACAGGACACUCCCAACUCGGCUAAGCAUUCGAUUUUCUUAUCA